AAGAAAUCUGCCGCAAAUUUUUCCACUGAAAAGUUCAGUCGACCAAAACGACACAGUGCAGAGUAUUGCCAAGCACUAUGUCCGAUGUCUCACUUGAGAUCGGCGUGCGCACAUCAACAAAGAUGGCGUCUUAACUAGAGUGCGGCCAAGAGUUUACACGUAACGCGUGAUUGGCGCAAAAAUUACAGAUCAAAUAUCAUGUCCAACGUGCUUUUUCUCUACGCGCAAGCGGAUCAAACCCGCAGCCAGGAGUUGAAAGAUUUUCUUCAAGGAAAAUUAGGCUCCUUAGCUAAAGUUAGCACAGUAAGUGACGCCCUGGAGGACGAUUCUACUCUGGAGGAUGAGCUUUUUCAAAGCCCAUGCAUCGUUCUUGUUUACACUCAAGAAAGCGAAAAGUUUCUGCAGGAGGGAGCGUUUGAUUUUAACGAAGAAUUUGUAGUAUUCGAUGGCAGUAUCACUAAAGCAUUCUUGGAGGAAGACGAGAUGGCAAAGCGGGUAAUUGUGAUUCAUUACGGAUGGAGACCAGAGCAAUGGUUUUACGAUCGAAUUCCGAAGAGGAUUUUCCACGUUAGUGAGUCGCUGGAGUUGAAAGCCAACCCAAAGGUGGAACAAAUUGUGGACACGAUAAAAGGGAUCGUCAAGAAAAACAAGAAAUAAAACUUAGUGGUCAUUGGUCAUAGAGUAGUUGAGAGGUUUUAUCAGAACCAAACGACUGUUAAAAAGCAACAAAAACAAAAACGGAAAACUGAAAAAGACAAAACUAAACACCAACCCAAACAUAGACUAAACCAGAAAGAAAACAAACAAAAACAUGGUUAGAGACAAACACGAACCUAUAAACAAAACACAAAUUAACGAACCAAACAAAAAACAAACAAACUGAUAAAUAAAUACGAAAGUCUCUUCACACUAGAUCUCGUGGCACGUGUGGCACGUGGCUCGUGGCACGUGGCACGUAUUCCGAGGUAUUUCACGCCCUUGGAUUUAAGAGGUAACAUGCAUGACAGGAGCUCCUUCGCUUCGUGUUUCCAUAUUCUCCUCACGCUCAUUUAACCGUUUACACCCUAACAUCAGUAUGCAUAUUCUCCCUAAUGUUCUCCAUAAGUUCCUAAGGUGCUGACAAGGAGAAUUUGUUUAACAAUCAAGUUUUUUUGAAGUUGUUGAUCAUUUCCUUCACUCUCGUAACCUUAAUUUGUGAUUUAAGGGUCAUGAUUUAAGGAGAAAUUAGAUGUUUGUCACUCUUCGGGGUUAAAGGGUGAAUCGUAUGCUUCCUGUCAUGUCUAGAACUACAGUGAAGACUCCAAAGUUAUUUACCGGUACUGCCAUGAAAAUGAGUCACUCUGUUUUAAAUUUGCAUCGUUCACUAACAUGUAAACUUUUUAAUCUUAGCUGUCAAAUUAGGCUACUUUGCACUUUGUAAUCGAUAUUUACAGUAAAUAAAUAUAAGGCUAGUUUA